UUGAAGCCAAAAUUCUUUCUCUGGCGGCGCAGCAGGCUCGGUUGUUAUGGCUGCAAAACGCCGUACCGUCACCUAGUUUAAGGAAAUAAUCAAGGUUUUAUCAUUGUAUUUUUAAUUGUAAAAAGAACUUCAGUCUGUCGUCAUGGAUCCAAUGUACAUGGCCUACAGCCUGUUUCGCAGGAGGAAGUUUGAAGACUGCAUCAAUAUCUGCACUGAGCUGUUGGAGAAAAACCCAUAUGACCAAGCGGCGUGGUCUCUGAAGACAAGGGCCCUGACAGAGCAGGUCUACGUUGAUGAGAUUGACGUGGAUGAGGAAGGCAUCGCGGAGAUGUUGAUGGAUGACAACACCAUUGCUCAGAUCACACGGCCAGGAACGUCGCUGAAGAAACCAGGCACAGGUCAGGGGGCGCCCAGCGCCGGUGUACGCCCCUUAUCCCAGUCUGGCCGGCCACUGAGUGGCUUCGUCCGGCCAGGCACCCAGUCCGGCCGGCCGGGAACCAUGGAACAAGCCAUCCGCACACCAAGGACUGCACACACUGCCCGGCCGGUUACCAGUGCCUCGGGGAGAUUCGUCCGGCUGGGAACUGCUUCCAUGCUGUCCACCCCUGACGGCCCUUUCAUCAACCUUGCCAGGCUGAACUUCAGCAAGUAUGCAGCCAGACCCAACCUAGCUAAGCCUCUGUUUGAGUAUAUAUUCCACCACGAGAAUGACGUCCGUAAUGCGCUAGAGUUAGCCGCCCUGGCCACUGAGGCCUGUGGAUUCAAGGACUGGUGGUGGAAGGUGCAACUGGGAAAAUGCUACUACAGGCUCGGGCUUUACCGCGACGCCGAACGUCAGUUCAAAUCGGCCCUCAAACAACAGGAGAUGGUAGAUACAUACCUGUAUCUGUGUAAGGUCUACGUACGUCUGGACCAGCCACUGACAGCUAUUGAUAUCUACAAGCAGGGACUGGAGAAACAUCCCGGAGAAACGGCAUUGCUGACCGGCAUAGCUAGGAUAUAUGAGGGCCUGAAUGACAUGACAAAUGCAGUCAAGUUCUACAAGCAGGUCUUGCACAAUGACAACACCCACGUGGAGGCCAUAGCCUGUAUCGCCAACUACCACUUCUACACAGACCAACCUGAGAUUGCACUACGCUACUACAGGCGACUGCUACAGAUGGGCGUGUACAAUGCCGAGUUGUUCAACAAUCUAGGUCUGUGUUGCUUCUAUGCCCAGCAGUACGACAUGACGCUGAGCACAUUUGAGCGCGCUCUGUCCUUGUCCACCGACGACCUGCUGACGGCCGACAUAUGGUAUAAUAUAGGACAAGUGGCUGUGGGCAUUGGGGAUACCAGCCUGGCCCUGCAGUGUUUCCGUCUGGCGUUAGUGUCCAACAACGACCACCCUGAGGCCUACAACAACCUGGGUGUUCUGGAGCUCAGGAAGGGUCAUCUAGACCAGGCACGAGCAUUUUUCCAGGCAGCGGAGUCAUUAGCCCCACAUAUGUUUGAACCUCACUACAACUUUGCGACACUUUCAGAUCAGGUUGGAGACUUACAGAGCAGCUACAACGCAACCAAGAAGGCCAUAGAGGCUUACCCUGAACACUGCGACUCUAAAGAACUACUCGAACAGCUCAAGAAACACUUCUCGAUCCUCUAGCUGUCACAGUGCACAUCCAAAAUGGCAGUUACAUCUCCUACUUUGGCUACAUCUCCGGAUGUCAGAACCGUUAUUGAAAUGUCUAGUUUAAAAAAAACCUGACUCUCGGUUUACUUGAUACGAUUCAAUGUUUCUGGGGCAGAACGGGACUUUCAUUGAGGCAGACAAUCUGAACUCAAUCAAUAUUAGGUUUUGCCCUUCACCGACGUAUAAACACUGUAUACUCAGUGUGUUACCUCCCAAGUGAAAGGUGGAUAAAAUCACUCGGGUGGGACUCGAACCCACGACCUCCUGCUCUCUAUUGCAGGCGUCUUACUACUUGACCACCGAGCUUGCGGGAUCGGUUGGCUGGUUGGAAUCUGAUGUACAUGUAGCAGCGGGUACCACAAUUAAACUUUUCAUAAGAUG